CGGCCGCCGUCUCUUCCGGCACGCCCCUGACGUCAUCCCGCCGCCGCCAUGGUGCAGCUGGGGAGCCGCGUGCUGCGGAGCUACCGGGGCGGCCACGUGGUGAUCCGCUUCGCCCUGGGCGGCUGCACCAACCGGCCCUUCUUCCGCAUCGUGGCGGCGCACAGCAAGCGCGCCCGCGACGGCAAGUACCUGGAGCAGCUCGGCUGCCUCGACCCGCUGCCCAACGCGCACGGCGAGAAGGUGGCGGGGCUCAACGUGGAGCGGCUGCGCCACUGGCUGGGCUGCGGCGCGCAGCUCUCGCGGCCCGCCGAGAAGCUGCUGGGCACGUAUCUGGCCAGCACCAGCCUCAGAGAUGGACGAGCCUGCCAYUCCACAGGCUGUGAGGAUGCAGCGGCCCGGAGUGUCAUGCAUCCUUUCUCCCACCCCACGGGCAGCGAGAGGGCCUGCCACACAACGACACAUCAGACACAGUGA